AUGUCGACUUCUGCCCAUGCAGAGCAACAAGAGCCUAACGCCCACAACCACCUUCACCACCGUACUUACGUGGAGCUGUAUCACCACGGCCUUUACCACAUCAAGUCAUCGGCGCUGCUGUGCGCGGUCGGACUAGGCAUCCCCGGCGCCAUCCUCCGCCGCGGCGGCGCAGCAACAAUCUCCGACCUCGUCGCCAACACCGGUGUCCACCCCGCCAAGCGCUCACACCUCCGGCGGCUCAUGCGUAUGCUUACCAGUUUCGGCAUCUUCGGUGCCGGCGAGCAGCGAGCUGCCGCUGCCGCCGCCGAUGAUGGUGAGAGUGAGACCGUCUACACGCUCACCCCGGUGUCCAGCGUCCUCGUCGCCGACGACAAGGAGGCAUCAGGGGCCUCCUCGCUUGACAUGUCGGCACUGCUCCGCCUCUUGGCGCGCCCUAGCACGUCCGUCUCCACCUUCUUCGGCUUGGAAGAGUGGUUCAGAGAUGGAGGAACCACGACGCUCUUCGAGAUGGCACUUGGUGUGCCUCCAUGGAGCUUGACGAAGAACGACGCCGCCUACAAUAGAGCCAUGAACGAAGCGUGUGUCGUGGACACCAGCAUGGCUAUGGACAUCAUGCUGAAAGAUACCUGCAGAGGCGGCGGCGCCAGCAGUAUCUUCAGCGGGCUCAGCUCACUGGUCGAUGUUGGAGGGGGCCAUGGCGCAGCCGCUAUGGCCAUCGCUACGGCCUUUCCGCACAUCAACUGCAGCGUACUAGACCUCGAACAAGUGAUCAUCAAGGUGCCACGAGCUGGCACUGAUCAUGUUCAUAGCACGGUGCAGUUCAUCGCCGGUGACAUGUUUGAGUCUAUUCCACCUACAGAUGCUGUUUUUCUAAAGCAUGUUUUGGAUUGUUGGGAUGACGACCACUGUGUCAAGAUACUUCAACAGUGCAAGAGAGCAAUUCCCGCCAGAGAUGCUGGAGGUAAAGUGAUCAUUAUGAAUGUUGUGGUCGGCUAUGGAUCACUGGACAAAGUUGUCAAAGAGACGCAAGUGUUGUUUGAUAUGUACAUGAUGCGAUAUGGUGGGUCUGAGCGAGAGGAGCACGAAUGGAGAAAAAUCUUUUCAAAAGCUGGAUUCAGUGAUUACAAGAUCACGCCCAUACUAGGUUUUCAUUCAAUCAUUGAGGUUUUUCCAUGA